AUGUCUGCAUCAUCUCAGUCUAAGCCAGAUCCUAUUAGAUGGGAGAAUGUACCAGAAACAGAGAUUAGAGCUGAUGCUGAAGCAGCAUUAGAGAUGUCUGGGAAAACAAAAGAAAUUCGUCAAUUUUUAAGUCAGAACAGAGCAAUAGAAGACUGGAGAAAAGAAAUACGCGAAUUAUGUAGGAAUAUGAUAAACGAAAUUGGAAUAGAUAAUGUAAAUCCAGAUAUGUUAUAUGACUUACUUGCAGCUCAAGGUCAUGACCAACUCCCGGCUGAAGUAGUCACAGAAGUUACAACUAGAAUUAAGACAUUUUUGAAUACUCAAUUCGAAGAACAUCCUUAA